AUGGUUGAGUCUGCUGCACCAGAUGAAGCCACCAUGGUGGAAGUCAAAUUGAGUGACAAUGUGGCUAUACAUCCAGCAGAAAAGCACGGACAACUGGAACAGAAGAGUAACGAGAGCUUGGUUAAAAAGAAGAAAUCUCUUCGAGCCCGUUAUGCUUAUGGCAUGAUUUUCUUGAUAAUAAAUCUUACAGCUUGGUUCUUUCGUGACUAUGGAGAAAAGAUUCUCCCUCUACUUCACUAUUCAAAAGCAUGUAGAGUUGGACAAACUGGUUGCUUUCACACGCUCGGUGUUCUUCGUGUCAGUUUAGGAUGCUUUAUAUUCUUUUUCGGAAUGUUUCUUACAACAUGUAACACGAAGAAGUUGCAUCAAGCCCGCAACCAAUGGCAUUCUGGAUGGUGGGCUCUGAAGUUUGUUAUACUGAUUAUCUCCUUGGUGAUUCCAUUCUUUGUCCCGUCCGAUUAUAUUCAAGUUUAUGGUGAAAUUGCUCGCAUUGGCGCGGGGAUAUUUCUUCUUCUCCAACUUGUAAGUGUUAUUGAGUUCAUCACGUGGUGGAAUGACUACUGGGUGCCUGAUGAGGAAAAGAAACAUAGCUGCUCUCUGGGAAUAUUCAUGUCAACCUUAUUCUACAUUGGUUCAGUUUGCGGGAUUGUUUUGAUGUUUGUGCUCUAUGGCUCAAAGGCAUCAUGCACUCUCAACAUAUUCUUCAUCUCCUGGACAGGAAUUUUGCUAGCCGUAAUGAUGAUUAUAUCCUUGCAUUAUAAGGUGAAUAGAGGUCUUUUGUCUUCAGGGAUUAUGGCUUCUUAUAUUGUUUUCCUUUGUUGGAGCGCUAUCAGAAGUGAACCAGCUACUGCUAAAUGUAGCCCUCAGACCCAAGAUGGCGGACAUGGAGGUUGGACAACUGUAAUUGGCUUUUUUAUAGCUGUUUGUGCAAUUGUCAUGGCAACUUUUUCCACUGGAAUUGAUUCACAAACCUUUCAGUUUCGUAAAGACGACAUUCAAUCGGAGGAUGAUAUCCCAUAUAAGUAUGGCUUUUUCCACUUGGUGUUCUCCCUGGGGGCCAUGUACUUUGCAAUGCUAUUCAUCAGUUGGAAUCUAGAUAGCUUGACAAAAAGAUGGUGCAUUGAUGUUGGCUGGGCUAGUACAUGGGUGAAGAUCAUCAAUGAAUGGUUUGCAGCCACAAUAUACUUGUGGAAAUUGAUUUCCCCAGUAGUGAGACAGAACAAAGUUAUGCACCACGAAGAGCCUGUGCAGGGAGUAUAA